UGAAAAUUUGUUAAAAUUUCAGUAGUUAUUCUUCACUGCGUCAAGCACAAGCAGAACGCCAGCGGCAGUUCUCCAGCCAGCUUCCUUUGCGUCCUUCUUCACAGUGAAAGAAAGCACACGUCGAUCGUCAUCAUGGUGUCUUCUGUGUCGCAUGUGUUGCGGGGUCAGUUUGAUCCAUGGACGCUGUCCCUGGCGGGAAGCUUCACGUUUGUGUGGCUUUCGCUGUACAGCCGUCGCCCGUCCUUCCUGGCCUUUGCCACCCUUGGCUUUGUGCCGCUUCUCCUCAUCCCAGACUACUCUGUCACAGAGUGCUUGGAGGGAACGGUUGUGGGCAAUGUGCUGAGCCAGGUGCCUGCCACGUACGGGGCGGCUGCAUUGUUCCUGCUGGUGACCGGGGCCUCGUGCCUGCUGAUGCGCAAACCCAAGCGCAAGGAUGAUGACUACAUUGUGGAUGAGUCGUGCUUUGCCGACUUCAAGCUCGUGGGCAAGGUCAACCGCGAGUACACCCUGGACGAGAUCCCAACGCUGGUGCAGGAGAUGCAGCGCAGCUACGCCUCCGGCAUCACCCGCCCCGUCUCAAAGCGCAAGGAGCAGCUUCGCCAGCUGCGCAAGUUCUUUGUCGAGAACGAGGAGCGCAUCAUCGCCGCCGUGCACGAGGACCUGAAGCGCCCGCGCUUUGAGACCAUCUACUACGACGUCGCUCUCCCCAUCGCCGAGAUUGACGAUGCGCUGCACAAGCUUGACCAGUGGAUGGAGCCCGAGCCAGUCGGCCCACAUAUUCUCUCCUUCCCAAGCACCCAGUGGACGCAGCCUGAGCCGUAUGGCGUUGCGCUUGUCAUUGGCACAUGGAACUUUCCCUUCCAGCUUGAGCUGGUCCCUGCACUUGGCGCCAUCGCCGCUGGCAACACCGUCAUCAUCAAGCCCUGCAACACGAGCAAGGCGUGCGCCCGCCUCCUUGCGGAUGUGCUGCCAAAGUACAUGGACCCACGUGUCGUGCAGGUCGUUGGCGCCAACUUCAAGGGCGAUCGCGAGUGCACCGCCAAGCUCCUCGAGGAAAAGACAGACAUCAUCUUCUUCACAGGCAGCCCGACGGUUGGGCGCGUGAUCAUGCAGGGCGCUGCACAGCACCUCACCCCGUGUGUGCUUGAGCUCGGUGGCAAGAACCCCGUCUACGUCGACAAGAGCGCAGAUAUCGACCUCGCUGCAAAGCGAUGCGUGUGGGCACGCAACUUCAACUGCGGCCAGCAGUGCAUCGCGCCCGAUUUCGUGCUCUGCCACAAGGACGUCAUUGAGCAAUUCAAGGAGCGGUGCCGCCAUUACUGCCAGGUGAUGUACGAGAACAACGAGGACGACCCGAACAUCGGGCGUGUCGUCGGCGACAAGCAGAUGGACCGCCUUGUUGGCCUUCUCAACUCCCACGGUGGACAGGUUGUUGCUGGUGGCCAGUUUGACCGGAAGAAGCGGUACAUUGCGGCGACGGUGAUCCAUGUCUCCCGCACCUCCACCCUCAUGCAGGACGAGACAUUUGGACCCAUCCUUGCCGUGACUGAGGCUGAAAGCGUUGAGGAUGCCAUUGCGGAGAUCAACUCGCGCCCCAAGCCGCUCGCCCUCUACAUCUUCGCACAGGACGAGGCUGUCCAGCGCCGCGUCGUCGAGAACACAAGCUCUGGCGGCGUGACGGUCAACUCGUGCCUGUUCCACGUUGGCCACCCCGGCCUCCCCUUUGGCGGUAUUGGCAACUCCGGCAUGGGCGCCUACCACGGUGAGAACUCGCAUGAGACGAUUGUGUGUCUGUGCUUGCUGCUUCGAUUUUGA